AGAAGAGGCGCGCACGUUUUAUUUUAUUUACAAAAAUUUCUUUGAUUUCCUUCGCUUUUCCACCACAAAUGCGCAAGAAUGGUAGAUAAUAUAACGCUGAAUGUAAAUCUUAAGCCGUCGGCCAAGAGAAAACCGCAAGAAGGGCCACUGCAAUCGGGUAAAAAACGUGCACAAAACUCUAUGAAUUUUGACUUUAAAUUCAAUGACGAGCGCCCUAAAGUUAAGGCAACUGUGUUGCGAAGAAAGGCAGUUUCUGCGAAAGUGGGAUCUAAGAUUCCUUCGGUAGCUGCGAGUUCCUCCGUCAAAGUGCCUUCUACUCCUUCCCUUUUCUCGACAAAACCUUCACCCAAAGAUGCAUUAUCCACUGGAGAUCUGAUGUUUAAUGUUACCCCUACGAAGCCAUCUGCUAAAACUGCUAAUGUUACCCCUUCGAAGCCACCUGCUAAACCCAUUUUAGGCGAUGAUUUUAUGCUGAAUGUAACCACAAAACCGGUGGUCAUCCAAGCCAAAGCCAAGCCAAAAAUCACCAGAGCUGAAAGGUUGGGCAAGAAACAGAAGCAGGGAAAGCCCUUGGGCAAGCUCAGCGAUGAGCAGCUCACCCGUGCCUUGAAAAGCCAUCGGAAACCGAUGAAUCCCAAUCAAUUGCCAAGGGCAGGCGACAUUUUCCGGGCGCAAAUCGAGGAGGAGAGGAGGAAAAAGAGACAGGAAGAGGCUGGCGCGGAUCCGGAAGACACUGAAGAUGAAGAAGAUGCGAAGAAAGGAUCCACAAAAGAUUUGCCAGGAAAAGACAAGGGUUUAACUGGAAAAAGACCCCAGAAGUCAAUCGCAGAUGAAGAAUCAGCUGAGUCCGGGAAAGAAUCAGCUGAAUCUGAUGGAGAAUCCUCACCACAAGCAGCUAAAACCGAAAAACCUUCUAAAAAACCCACAAAAGCUGAGGAAACCUCAACCACAAAUCGUUUUCGCACCAAGAAGGUCGGCCUCUUCGACCAAAGCGAUGUGGAGGCCCUCAAGCAACUUGGACAACGGGCCGUGAAGCCCGUCAAGGAGACCAUCUUUUCGGGAACCAAAAUAUCGACCCUAGGACUGCAUCCACACUCUAUUAAGAACUUAGAAGAUCUGCUUAGCAUACGAGAGCUUACCACUGUCCAACAGAAGGCGAUACCGGAGAUACUUCAGGGCAAGGACUUGCUAGUUCGUUCACAAACGGGAUCGGGCAAGACCCUGGCAUAUGCCCUGCCUUUGGUGGAACUCCUGCAGAAACAGCAGCCCAAAAUUCAGCGGAAAGAUGGUGUACUGGCUCUGGUCAUUGUGCCCACAAGGGAAUUGGUAAUACAAACUUACGAACUUGUCCAGAAGCUAGUCAAGCCCUACACUUGGAUCGUGCCGGGAUCAUUGCUGGGUGGCGAGAGCAGAAAAAGCGAAAAGGCCAGACUUCGGAAAGGCAUCAACAUACUGAUAGGCACACCUGGUCGUCUGGUGGAUCAUUUGUUGCACACGGUCUCCUUUAAGCUAACCAAACUGCAGUUCCUCAUCCUGGAUGAAGCGGAUCGUAUGCAGGAAAUGGGCUAUGAACGUGAUGUCAAGCAACUGGUGGAGGCCAUUGACAAGCAGCGCUCUGAGUGCGAAGACAAGGAUCUACCACAACUGCAGAGAAUGCUUCUGAGUGCCACACUGACCCCACAGGUCCAGCAACUAGCUGGCCUAACGCUAAAGAAUCCCCUGUACAUAGACAACAGCGAUGAGGCGGCAAGUGCGGCUAUAAAAAACAAGGAUGGCUAUCAAAAGGAAACCAUUGAGGCUCUGAUGGAGCUUGACGACGGUCUGGGUGAAUACCAGGAGGAUGUGACGGGUGUGCUGAGUAUUCCUGAGAAUCUCCAGCUCAGCUAUGUGGUUGUCCCACCCAAACUCCGCUUGGUCACCUUGUCCUCACUGCUAGCCAAGGAAUUGGACGCAAGUCCCAAGGAGUUCAAGGCAAUUGUUUUUAUGAGCACCACGGAGAUGGUUAAUUUCCAUCAUGACAUGUUAAACGAGGCGUUGACGAGACGAGUUCUGGACGAGGAAGACGAACAGGAGGAAGAGGAUUCGGAUGAGGGAGACACACCUUUGCUACAGGGUCUGCGCUUCUUUAAACUCCAUGGCUCCAUGACACAAACGGAGCGGCAGGGCGUUUUCCGUGGCUUCCGCGACUGUGCCAGCUGCGUUCUUCUGGCCACCGAUGUUGUGGGUCGCGGCAUUGAUGUUCCCGAUGUCAAGCUUGUGGUGCAAUAUACACCGGCUCAGACUACAGCCGACUUUGUCCACCGCGUUGGUCGAACGGCCAGAGCGGGUAGGAAGGGUAGAGCUGUCCUCUUUUUGGCACCCAGCGAGGCACAGUUCGUGAGGCAUCUGGAGAAGAAACGCAUUCGUAUCCAACAGGGUGACAUGUAUGCCUAUCUGCAAACCCUGCUGCCCAAGGAUGAUGAGGCCAGGACGGUGCAAGAGGCGGCCUCCAAUCUGCAGCACAAGUUCCAGACAUUGCUUGAAGAUGAUCGCGAGCUGCGGGACAAGUCCUGCAAAGCCUUUGUGUCCUGGAUGAAGUUCUACUCGACAUUUCCCAAGGAGCUGAAGCCCAUCUUCAACGUGCGCGUCGCCCACAUGGGCCACUUUGCCAAGAGCUUUGCACUUAAGGAGGCGCCCUCCAAGUUCGCCGCCCAGCAUGCCGCCCCCAAGGCAGCACCGCCCACCAAUCGACUGACCUACACGGAAAGAGAUCCCGAGAAGAUUCAGGCUCAGAAGCGGGCCAAGCGGCGUUUCACGACGACGGUCAGUGGAGAGGUGCGUCAGCAGCGGGAUGGAGGAGCAAAGGAAGCUGAUCACCGGAAACCGGGACCCCAGGGACCCAGAGGCAAUGGAGUGAGCCGCAGCAGCUUCAUGAAGAGCAUGGGCAAAUCGAGGACCCUGAAUAUGUCCGAGUUCGACAGUGGACUGCCGGCAGAGGGACCUGCCAAGCGGCGAAAGCAGGCGUAGGAGGAGGAUAUCAGUUGCAAAGAUUAGAAGGAGGAAGACCAGGAGGAGGACGAGGAUGGUCCGGAUGGAGUUCGGAGCAUUUUGCGGCACUUUAUGCGCGCCAUUUUGCCUGUCCGCUGUGCCUGCUCAAGCAUUUAAUCGAAAAGAAAAUUGCUCUAUAUAUAUUAUAUAUAUAUGAGUGAAAAUCUAAGAAAAACCCAAGGAGAUGCGCUCAUAAAAGUUUCAUUUUUCUCAACUUUUAAGCCCGGACGUCCUGCGGGAAAAGUUGUGGCCGCCUGCCAGCAUAUUUUAAGCUUCCUCUUUUAUUUUUUCCCAACAGUUUUUCCUUAUUUUUUCCUUGUUUUUUUGAUUACUUGCGCCGUAAUAUGUUCGUUCCAUUUUUUUUUGUAUGAGGAAAAUAUUAGAAAUCCAUUUUCCGCUCACUGCAGAUUCAUUCAGUUUUGAAAAUGUCACCGAGCGGUGACGGCGGCGGGAGGUCAGAGGUCGGCACGUGUUGGCUUUUUAUGCAACUGAAGCGCAUAAUUUGUUGGACAAGGCAUAAAUAAAUAUCAGAUAAAUAUAAAUACUAAA